GGCUCAGAACUCCAUGGUGCCAUGCUACCCACAUUGCGCCUGGCCAGCAGGCUGCCCAGCCCCUGGAGAGGGAAUGGCCCCCUAAGCCCAGAGGAGGCUGCUCGCCAUUCCCUGUCUAGUGCCAAUGAACUGCGCUGCCGACAGCUGCUGGAGGCCACCACAGCCAGGUACCGCCAUCGGGAGGCCUCAGCGGCGGUGCUGGUGCCCCUGUGCUCCGUGCAUGGAGAUCCGUCUCUGCUCUAUACGCUGCGCUCCAGUCACCUCAUAGGGAGGCACAAAGGCGUCGUCAGUUUCCCAGGGGGCAAGUGUGACCCUCAGGACCAGGAUAUUGUUGAUACAGCUCUGCGGGAGACCAGGGAAGAGCUGGGCCUGCCCAUCCAGGAGGAGAACGUGUGGGGUGUCAUGAAGCCAGUGAAUGACAGGAAAAACUCUGUCAUUGUCCCGGUCAUUGCCCAGGUGGGACCCCUGGAGUCUCUGGACCUCACGCCUAACCCGAAGGAGGUGGAUGAUGUCUUCACGAUGCCACUAGCCCAUCUGCUCCACCCCCAAAACCAGGGCUACACCCACUUUUGCCAACAGGGUCGCUACAGUUAUACAUUGCCCAUCUUCCUGCACGGCCCUUACCGCAUCUGGGGCCUCACAGCCAUCUUCACAGAGCUCACACUGGAGAUGCUGGUGCCAGGGACUUAUCAUCGCAUAGCCCGCCUUGCUGGGCAGCAGAGGAGUGGAGAGACCAGGACAUAGAGGACAGAAAGUUCAGCUGGGGGCACUAAGAACUUUACCUCUUCCUCUUUUGUGCUUGUACCCAGUCACGCAGGGACCGAGCCAGCUGGGGAAUCCAAUACUGGUGGGGGCUCUUUAUUCUUCCAAGUCAACCACAAGCAGCUUUUCACACAAACAAGAUGAAGCCAGAAGUCCCAUCU